UCCGUUUCCUCGCACCAUCUGUCCGUACCACAAUUACGUCUUCCGCCAGUUCUCAGAGUCCCCACCGUGCCGGGCCCGGCCCAGUCGCCGCGGCACACCCAGCACCACCCACACUCGCUGCCUCUGGCGGGCCCCAGUCACCGACCGCGAACACCAGCAUAGCUGCAUGGCACUACGAUGCCUCCCAGGAGACAGAGACAGGACAGCCCAGCCAAGCAAUGGGGUGGAUGAAGGCUCUCGGCCCCGCCGGCUUCGCAGUACGCCGCAGCAGCCGCAGCAGCAGUAGCAGCCAUGGCAGCCUCUUCUGCCCUCCAUACAUGAUCGCUGCAGCUGCCGCCCCCUUCUCGACAACAUGCCCGGCCAGCAAGGCCGCAACCCGGUACCCACCCCGGCCCAAACCGCCGCCCGAGCACGAGUUCACCGAGGUCUACCUCAAGGGCACCGGGCCAGGCGGCCAGAAGAUUAACAAGACCAACUCGGCCGUCCAGCUCAAGCAUAUCCCCACCGGCAUAGUCGUCAAGUGCCAGGACACGCGCUCCCGCGAGCAGAACCGCAAGCUGGCCCGCGAGCACCUGGCCGAGAAGAUCGACGACCUGCUCAACGGUGACCAGAGCCGCUCGGCCAUCGUGGCCAGGCUCAAGGCCAAGAAGAAGUCCAGCGCCGCCAAGAAGAGCAGGAGGAAGCAUCGCGACGCUGCCGGAGGGGGAGAGCAAGCCGAUGAAGGCCAGGUCGACGACGACGAGGCUCCGGAUGGAGAAGAGGCGGGACUUGAGCCAAUACCUGACCACCGCCCGAAAAAGGUCAAGAUCCAGGAAAUCAGGCUCUGAUCGUGGUGGUGCCUAUCUGUUUUGUGACCCAUGAUACUUAGUAGCAUAGGAGUGGAGUACCAGAAAUGUCAAAUAUAGAGAGAGGGCUUGUCUGUUCCCCACACUGCUUGCUUGUCACUUGUGCAAAUGGUUUC